AUGGAAGGUGAAGAGAAAAAUAAAGCAGGAAGUGGUAAAGUGGGGCUGCCGAUUGAAGCUCACUUUCACCCGUCCGCCCACUUCCAACCUCCGACCACCGCCUCGGACCUCUACCUCCAAGUCUCCGACCUCUGCCUCCACAUCCAUCCACAUAUUCAGCCGCUGAUUAUCCCGUCAAAGCUCGAUGUCAGGCUGACAAUUUUCAAGUUGAAGUUCGACGGCGCCGAAAUUGAAAUAUCUGCUGUCAGCAAGGGAGAACCAGGGGUCCCGAACAACAGCAACUCCUUCUCCCUCGGGCGACGUUCGAUCAAGUCUGAAGCCAAGAGACGAGCCGUCACCGACGAGCCUCUACCGCUGGGAUUUUCGAGAAAGGCAGACAUAAAUCGCUGCACCCAUCUCGGGAAUUUCGAAAAGCCGAGUUUACAAAAUGUUCAGGAAUCUAUACGACACCGACGAGACGACGUGGUUGCCGGCGGGGCGGCUGUUCCAAGUGGAGUACGCGAUGGAGGUGGUGAAGCAGAAGAGUUCGAGACGAUGGAAGAAAAAACUGGAAAUUGGAGACUGUGGGUGGGGGCCAUGAAUUAA